AUGGGUGGCCUGCUGAGCUAUUUCUCUGGAUUGUUUGGCAGCAAGGAGCGGCGUAUUCUAAUUCUAGGUUUGGAUGGGGCAGGAAAGACGACCAUUUUGUACAGACUUCAAGUUGGUGAAGUGGUCACCACCAUACCCACCAUUGGAUUCAACGUGGAGACAGUCACCUACAAGAAUUUGAAGUUUCAAGUUUGGGAUCUUGGCGGACAAACCAGCAUCAGACCAUACUGGCGUUGUUAUUACUCCAACACAGACGCUAUCAUCUACGUUGUGGACAGCAUGGAUAGAGACCGUAUUGGCAUUAGCAAGCAGGAGCUUGUGUCCAUGUUGGAGGAAGAUGAGCUGAAAAAGGCUGUGCUGGUUGUACUUGCUAAUAAACAAGAUAUAGAAGGAUCAAUGUCAGCUCUGGAAGUUGCAAACGCACUAGGGCUUUCAGCCUUGAAGACUAGAAAAUACCAGAUUUUCAAGACAUCAGCCAUCAAGGGGGAGGGUCUGGAUGAAGCGAUGGAGUGGUUGAGUAACACGUUACUACAAGCCAAGUAG